UUAAUGAAGAAUUAUUGAAGGGUAUCCUUGUAAGUAAUUGAUUUGUAUUACAUAUUUAAAAUUCUAGUGAGAUAGCAAUAUAAUAAUGAGAAAAAGGUUGUCAUCAGGUUGUCAUUUUUCAUAAGCACGAAGCAGUGACUCUGGGUGGUGUUUGUGAAGUGUAUGUGUGAAAAAAUAUGGGCCCCAUUUUCUUUGUUGAUGUAGCAAGGUUACAGGUCUUAUGACUUGUAGCCUGACUUGUGGGGGGUGUAAGAAAGCAUAGGAUUAGGACCCUGCCUACAACAUAUGUGCUUUUAAACACUGUAACCAAAAAGUAUUGUGACAGAAAAACAUGCAAAUCACCAUGUUUCAAGAAAAACAAUCCUAACCCUAUGGUUUCCGCUGGAAAAAUAAAAUUUGUCCUAUAGUUGGCAAUGUACUGAUAAGCAACGUUUGGCACAGAAUCUUAAAUUAACAGGUAACUUUCAGUACCAAACGCUUCUUUAAACCAGGGUUUAUGUUGCAUGAGGUGGGCAGCUCCAACUAACAUUUUGAGAACCCUGAGCAGAGGUCAUUUGACCCUUUCUGUGGGCUUUCUCCUCAUUUACACUAGUAUUAUUUUGAAUUUGACAGCUGAUUUUUGAGUACGUAGCGCCCUUUCAUGAUACUUGUUUUUCUUUGCUACAGGACAGUAAUUGAAAAGGUUUUCAAAACCUUUCUGCAUCAGCCAAACAAGACAAUGGUAUAAAAGAAGUUGGAAAAGGAAUUGUAAGUGUUAAAGAAAAUGUGGGGUUUGGAAACAGAUGAAUUAAAUACGUUGGCUUAUGUGAGCGUCCCUUGCUAUACGCAGAUAUGAUUAAUUGGAUAUCUAACCACAUAUUCAAAAUCAUGAGUGCUUGAGGAACGGUAAAAAUUGCAUGUGUUUCCCAACAUGGUACAGUUAGGGCAGUGGAAAAAUUUUCAACACUUUUAAUGUGUUCUCUCUCUUUUUCAGGAGCCAGGGAGAUGAAGGACUUAUCUCCCUCAUCUCAAAACUCCCUUUGCUGCUAUUUCUCUUUUUUUCCUUCAAAUGUUCAUACACCCAUGUUAAUUAAUUUCUAACAGAAUUUAAAAUAAAUGUCUUUAGAUAAUUCACCAUAGUUCGUUUGGUUUUUCCCCUUGUUGUGGAAGCGUGAGAGUAAGUGCAAGAACAGAGAAGGCUGCAAGUGUCUUAGGUCCUCCACCUUUCCUUUUGGUUUCUUUCGGUUGAUUUUCUUUUGUGGCUAGGCCAAAUUUUCAAAUGCUGCCUCUUAAACAGACCAUCAAAUUGCCGCUUAAAUUCCACCUGGCUUGCAGGGUAGGAGUGGAUAUUGACUAUAUUCUCUGUUUUUGUUCUUAAACAGAAACCACUGUUAGACAAUGACCAUUCCUCUUUCAAGGUAGGCUGAAUUGUAAGGCUUCAGGAUUGCAGGUGCAUUUUAAAUGCCUGUAUCAUUAUUUCCUUAAUUGAACAUACUGUUAAAGAGCUGGUACUUGAAAAUUGUAUCUGUAGAAAGAAUUUGAGCGCAUCAGUUUCCUGCCUUCGUUAAAAUUACUUUGGAUGGUGUGAAUAUGUAAAUGUGAUUUACGUGUGCUAACGUGAAGGUAUUUUCAGCCCUAAAAACACAAAUAAGACUUUCUUUCAAGAAAGUUUUGGUAGAUCUUUAUUGUGAAUACAUACCAAUCAUUUGCAUAAAUCAUGUAAUGGUAUUUAUAGAUACUCUAUGCUGAAUGAUUAAUUUUAGUCACUAAACAGUUUUUAUGUUUCACUGAUUUAUUUUUCUUCUUUUUUAUUUUUUUAAUUUUAGUGUACUUUUUUAAUUUUAGUGUACUUUAGUACUUUGUAGAGCUCAUAGUAUCCCAGAGAACAUUCACGUAUUUUUACUUAAUUUUCAUAGAAGGAAAGUCUUUCAAAUGGCUUAUGCUUUCGACUGUAUUGCAAAACACUUGCGUUAUUUCCUCGUUCUGCUAACUGCUAGAGUAAUAUUCUCUGCCUUUGUUUGCAGUGUGGUAAAUAUGUGAUUUUGGCAUUAUGGUUUAAGCACGAUCCUGCAAAUUGUUCAUUUGGGCUGGGGCUGGAAGAAAUUAAUUCUAGAUUAAAAUGUGCUGAUGGUGGCAGAUUUAUGAGGAUUAGCCUAAUUGUCUAAAUGGAACUUCAAACCAUUCCAUCACUUUAUGUUUUUAACUAUGCGUUUACAUGACAACUGUAGGCUGAACUUGUCGUUUCUUUCCUCUAAGUAUGAUCAUAAACAACAAAAUUGGAUUUAAAUCUUAACCUUUAACAUUCUUACUCUGAAACAAUGCUUUAGCUAAGGUUAGCCUUUUCAUUCUCAGCAGUAUGUUGAAGGCCUAGUUUUAGUUUACGUUUGGUCUUUGACAAAAUGUUAUGGCUAAAAAGAAAGUAGUUUUCAGUAGUUUUCAGAAAUAUAACUAAUACAAUGGAGAUCCUUUUUUAACCAUCUGCAAAUAGGAGUCACCUGUCCCCAGGGCACUACGGAUCUGUUCAUCAAGUACAAUUGCUUCUAUGACAUAAAACAUUAUGAUAAGAACGUCUAUGGUCUGAUCAACCUCUCUUUUGAAAUCAGCAGGUUCUCAUCUUUCUGCUGCCGCCCCAUUAGUACUGGAAAGCUGUUCUAGAAUUUUGGUUAUCAGCUUCUUUGAAAGCGUUGUCUAGAUUCCCAUACGCGGUUUGUCCAAAUUAUACUUUACAUAGUUCCCCCCACCCACAGAUAUUCACCCUGAAGUAGCUAUCAAGUAACUUCCCAGCUGUUCUUUUACUAACUGAGCAGGGCAAGGUCUUUUCAAUAUAUAUAUAUAUAUAUAUACAUAUAUAUAUACGGGAAGUGACAAAAAUGUAAAAGGAAUACAAUGUAAAUAAGUGCACCUACUUGUUCUAAUUGCCUUUUUUUUUUUUUCAUAUGUGCAAACUGAUAAUUAUACACAUAAUUGCUCAUGGUAUUAUUCUAAAAACAAGCUACUUAUAGUUAAAAAUAAAAUACAUUUUAAGAAUUAAUCCAUAGGAUAAAUGCAACACCACAGCUGUAUUUUAAUGUAGUUUAACCUAAUCCAUACUUUUCUAAUAAGCACACAUUAAGACUACCUCUUUAGUUUUGUUAUUGCUUAUAUAACUGAUCUCUGUGGAUUAUUGACAAGGAAACAAAUUCUAUCAGCUUAUGAAAGAAAUUAAACUAAACUUGCAAACUCGUAUUUAGGGAAGGCGAUGGAACAAAAUCUGUGCAUAUGCAGUAUCUGACAUUAAGGGCUACGUGCCCAGACCUGUUGACACCAACGAAGAACGAAUGUCCUGUGAUUCCCAUCACUUUCCAAAAGGAAAAACACUUGUGCUCAAUAUUUGACUGUGGUUGCCUGCAGAUGCUAGAAAAGGUAUUUACAAGGCAUCUAUCACCUUGGUACCUAAGCAGUUUGAAAAAUGCACCCACCCCAGGAGGCAUCAUGCAGAUACAGGCAGAGGCCCAGGUCCAGAGCAGCAGAGGCAGGUCCCAGGAGGCUCCCCAGCUGUGGUACCGCUGCUGUUGAGCUCCUGGCCCACUUGGUGUGGCCAAGGAACGUCUCCACCUACUUGUCAGCAGGAAGACGGUACCCCCACCCCUCACGUCCAGCUCCACUGGUGGGGCGUCUGAAAUGGAAAUGUAAUGGAAAAGGCAACGAUCCGGUAGCAGAGGUGAAACAGAAAUGGUGGGAUUUCAAAAGGAGGGAUUCUUAAAGAGCAGCACAUCUCAGGGGAGGGAUCAACUGCCAGUCCAAGUGGCAGAUGUCACUGGGGAACAAGAUGGGGAGGUUCCUGGAUCCUCGGGGCAAGCCGGCCGUCACCGAGGGAGCUCGCCGUCCACGCCGGCCGAAGAACAGGAAUCCUCGGUGCCUGCCUCUGACGAAGACUCGCCGGCCAGGACCACAGAGAGCUGGCAGUGGCCGUUGUCCUCGUCUGAAACGCACAGCAACGUUGGGGAGGAUUUUGAGGGAUUUCAAACGCCAGCGCGGACUCCGGAGUGUACCAUGGACAUACAGUCUCCCGGGGAUCAGUCACUCAGUAGAACUCCUCAGUUUGAAAGUGACUCUCCUGAGGAGGAGGGCAAUGAUGAGAUGAAUGAAGAGAACCGCGGUGUUGAGCCUGUCCCUAGGGAUCGGGGUUGGAGAGGGCAGCCCCAACUAACAGAGGGAGAGAAGCUGUUGAUGGAAACCAACAGUAGGAUUGUGCAGCUGCUGGAAAAUAUCAAGAGGGAGCAUGCACAGUCCAUGGGUCUCAUGUCACAGUCCAUGGGCCGUAUGGAGCUGCAGCUGGGCAUUGUGGCUACCUCCACAAGAGCCAUCCAUAACUACCUGUCAGAGAUUUUAGCUUUCCUCAAGCAGCCAAGGACGCAGGUCCUUGAAACACGCAUCUCCCAAAGAGCCACCCCCCAUGUCGAGUUAACCUGUGCCUCGACAUGGACCGGUGAGGACGCAGUGGCAUCCUCCACUGUGUGCUUACCAGGGGCCGAAGGGACGAGCGACUCUCGAGAACCACCGCAGGCCACCCUGCCUUGUCGCAGUGGCCGGCUGCAGAGAGCCAUAACCGAGAGGGCCUCGUUGCCCAUGCCUCCACGCCAGGCAAAAGGGGGAGGGAAGAAAAAAUAACCACACCAUAGGAUUUUUAGGGUUUUUUUUAAUGUGCCUGUCCUUUUAAUUCUUAGCCAUAAGGCCAUCAGUGGCAGAAUUUCAACCAUUUCCUACAUUGGCUAACAUUGUAUUCUGGCUGACUAGAUUAGUCUGACAUUUUGUAGUUUAUAUUUGCACUGUUAACGAUGUGUGCUGCUGGUAUUUGAAGAACAUUUGCCUCUGUUCUUUCACUUUAACUUCAUACGAGCAUUUUUUUACUCUGUGCCAGGCAUUCAUUGCUUUUCUUACAAAUACAAGUCAUUUCUUGAGGCAGCUGUUUUUUGAGUUUUCUUUCUCCAUUAUCCCACCCCCUCUGAGCAAGCAUUCUGGACUUGGUGGUAAGUAUACAGGUCUUGGCAAUACUCGCCUCCAAAACUGUGUUCGAUCAGUCUUUGCCUGGUGUUUCUGGCAUGCCAGCCUGAGGUGUUGGGGUUAGCCUGUACCGGAUCAUGAUCAUUCUUAUCCUCUGUGGGUCUCACAAACUCACUUUCUAAGACCCUCGGUGGAGCUAAUCCACAUGUCUUGGCUAUGUCGUACAAUAAGUAAUGUUGCCAGGAUCAUACCUCAUAUUUACCUUUUUGGGGGCCUGUAUUAGUGGCGUGCCACCAGAUCUAUCUAGGCACCUGACUCUCAUUUUCAAAGUUCCUUUUAUGAUGGAUCUGGUGGUUUGAUGGGCAGCAUUAUAAUUUUUCCUCUGAGAGAGUCUGGGGAUUUGAAAGAGGAGUCGCUAAGCAAUGUGUUCUACGGGGAUAAGAGCCCUCUCCUGCAACAAAUCUAUUAGGAGGAGACUGUCCCCUGUAAUUAUCACAGAUAUUAAUUAUUUAAGAAACAAAAAAAAGCCGCUUGCCUAGCAGCCAGACCUCUUGAGAAUGUAAAAGUCAUGACAUGCUGUUGGGUACUGUGCUCCUAUGUCUGUGAUUAAGAGCUUUUCAUCAGAGACGACCUACAUGUUUGAUAAAAUGCAACUCCUUUCUGUGCCUUUAGGCCAUCUAAUUUCCUGAGGGCUGGCACCCUGAGCAGAGCACGGGUGCAAUUGAUAACCCACAGGGCAGAUGGAAACGCACUUUUGCAAUAAAUUAUUUUAUAUCUGUUGGUGCUGCCUCUCUCGGGGGAAUUUAAUAUAGUGGCACUCAAAUUGCUAUAUGCAUGCAGAGGCAUCAGACUGGCUUAUCCAUGUGGUAUCCCUGACAGUUCUCCGAAAGGAUGCUCUGACCAGGAGCCCCUUGAGCGGUGGUAACUAAUUAUCACAGGUGUAGCAUGGCUCCUGUGUUUGACUCUCAACGUACCAUUGUAACUUCUCGUAAAGGUUCAGAAGAGUUUAUACAGCAAAGCAGUGAUGAAUUCCUCCUCUGGCAAAUACUAGAGAAUAGUUGUAGGCCUAAAAUGCUCUUCUAUGUUAACAACAGAGCUGUGCUCUCUGUCCAGUGAGCCAUAGACUCUUCUUUCUGCAAGUCUGAGGUUAUUUAAAAUAAAGCAGAUAGUAUUUUGUUAUUCUACCAGUCAGCCACAUUUUUUUUCCCUUAUGAGUGUGUGUGCGUGCGUGCUUGUGGCUGUACUUUGCUAAAUGACCGGUUUACCGAUGAAAUGCAGCUGGCAUGGCCAACCUCCAACGUAGGCUUUUUCCACUAUGGAAUAUUUCUUCCCUUCCACCUACGUCCAGCUGUGUUCCUUUUAAGAAUACCAUUGGAGGCGCUCUUCCUUGGCCACGCUGUCGACACACCUCGAUACACUGGGUACAAAUUUUUGCACCCGUUCUGUCGCUUUUUUAUACCUCUUUUAUUAAAGCUGUUUGUAAAGGUAUCCUCAGAGAAUUUCCAACGCAAGCUUGUGAGAUUCCCCUCUCAUUGGUAUGAGAAAUGCAUGCUGCAGAGUAUUUAAGAUCACGAGGAGGUUGGGAGAGGAGACGAUUAGUGAGCCUGACAAAUUAUUCCAGUAUGUGCGGCCUUUUGGACGUGUGUUUCUGGUGCAUACAUGGUUUGCACACUGGUACUGUGGAUAUGAACAGCCUAGUGGAAGCCAAAGGCAACUGAAAGUUUGUCCCAGUAUGCUUACGUCUUAUUUCUUUGGAAUGAGUUUGAAUGCAGCUAAAUACAAUUCAGCCAGUUCAUUUUCUUGGCCUAAUUAGCACGUCUGAUAAUACAGUGGGAAUGUUUUUAUUUUACACAGUGCUUUCAGUUCCAAAGUGUGGUACAUUUGCUGCCAGAUGCUCAGAUUUUGUCAUAUUCUGCAGGACCCGCCAUGUAGCUGCUGCCAUUUAGAAUGAAUCUCGUUCCACACGCUGGCUGCUUCUGUAGCUUCCAAUUUAUCGUUGUAGUUUUAAAAUGGCAACCUCCACUCCACCUUGGUUUUCGGAUCAAAGGCAGUAGAGCAAAAGAGGCAGCUGUGCAGAUGUAGCGGUGCUACCGUUGGAAACACAACGCGAGGAACCCCUAAAGAGUUCCUUGCAAAGCAGCUUCAGCUUUAACCCGCUCUCCUCUCCCUUUUCUAAGUGCUCCAGCCAGACUUGGCAAAGCACAAAGCACCACCUGAAUGGGAGCAGCUAUAGGGUGAGAAGGACUGAGAACCUGUCUACAGACAAGAAACCUGCAAUAAACUUAUGCAAAACAAAGGGUUUUUUCCAACUGGAAAUAGUAGAUGGUAUUAAGAACGGGUACCAACUGAUAUUUUGGUCAGAUCCAAAAUCAGGAUCUGACUUGGAGUAUUGUCUAGCAAAAUCAAUGCAGUUGGAGGGUGUGUAUGUUUCAUUCCCAAACAAAUAUUUUCAUGCUUUUCAAGUGUCUGUCAUAGCCUCAUCGCUCUUUCCCUGUAGCUUUUUGUUGUCUGAAUGGGUAUAUGGUUACAUGUGUCUGUUAAAAUUAGAGGGGAUCAGUUCUUACGUGGUAUAUUUAUAUUUCUUAUUUAUGGAGUUUGAGUACCUAGUGCUUCAAUUCCAAAACUUCCUUCUUUCUGUAUCCCAAAGACCAGUUGUUUGGCUUCUGGGAUGAUAAGAAGGGUGGGAGAGACUUAACAGGAAAUCUCUGCCCAGUUGAAGCUCUUGGUGAUAGAUCCCCUGAGUAGGAUUCUACAGUCUAGCCAUAUUUUUGCUGUAUAGGUCAAAUGCUCAUGGUUACACCAUUGCUUUCUGAUGCCUUUUGCAGAGCAGAAGUGCAGCUAUUUUUUUCUUUCAGAAUUUCGCAGUUUGUAUUACAAAAUCUUAUGAAAUGUGACUUGAAGUUUGUUUGAUUUUUGAAUACAUGUGAUGAUUUUAAGUAUUUUUUUUUCCUUUUCUCCUUCCACUGGAUGAUUUAAAACACAUUAAAAAAUAAAGCAGACCAAUGAAAA